CAGCCAACCGUCAGCCAACCGUGGACUUCACGGCGGCCGCCUAACAAGCUAACACCAGCUACCCGUGGCUUACCUGGCUGGGGCUCGGCCAGUUAGCCGUCGGUCGACAGCGGAGAAAGUCGCGCCUGCUAAUUGCGUGAGCCCAUGACCCGGGGAGAGUCAUGUCGAGUCGGGCUCUGCGAAGGCUUCGGGGGAAACAGCGGGGACAGGAAGCCCUGGACCCCGGAGACGUGAGCCUGGACGACGGGCAUCGGGAUCAGGCUGCCCCGGUCGAGGAGGAAGAGUCGGACGAGGCGAUUCCCCGGCCGAAGAAGAGCAGCGGCACCCGAAAAGCGAAGAAGAGCAAGGGUCAGAAAAACCUCAGCAACAUUUAUGAACUGAUAAGUGAUGCAGCGGAUGAGGCAAAGGAACUGUCACCUGAUGAAGAUGCUGGGAAGCCAGAUGGCAAUGGUGAUGCUUAUGAGAGGAAGAUUGAUAGAGACAUUGAGAAGACUGGUCCAAAGCAAGAAGAAACCUCUUUAAAGUCUUCGUCUGGAGAUAAAGUGAAGAAGAAGAAAAAGAAGAAGAAAAAAAUGGCCCCAGGAGAGAGACAGGAGGAUGUAGCUGAAAUUGACAUUGAUGCACUGUUGGGGAACAUGGAGCAAUCCAAUGGGCUGACCUUACAGAAUGAGUCUCAAGGGAGCUCAGACAGAAGACCUGCACUAUAUGUGCAGCACAGGAAUCUCAAUCCAGAGACGGAGCUAAAGAGAUAUUUCGGGGCUCGAGCGGUUCUUGGAGAUCAGAGACCUCGGCAGAGACAGAGACAGUUCCAUCGCACCACCUGGAUGACUGUUCCUAAAGACACCUGGCCUCGCUUCAGCCGCCCAGGCAUCUCGAUGACCCUGCUCGAAUCCAAGGGUGGUCUGCAGUACUUCACCUUUGAGCAUAAUCGGGACUACCAGCAAGUACAGUUCAAGUUCCUGGAUGCUGUGGAGUCCAUGGACCCCAGCAACAUAGUGGCCCUGCUGCAGAUGAACCCUUAUCACAUCGAUUCCCUGUUGCAGCUGUCUGAUGUCUGCCGUAUACAGGAGGAUCAGGAGAUGGCCAGGGAUCUUAUUGAGAGGGCCUUGUACAGCUUUGAGUGCGCUUUCCACCCAUUAUUCAGUCUGACUUCAGGGACCUGCAGACUUGAUUAUCUCAGACCAGAGAACAGGGCUUUUUACUUGGCUCUCUAUAAGCACAUGAUGUUCCUGGAGAAACGAGGAUGCCCGCGGACAGCUAUGGAGUACUGCAAACUGAUCCUGAGUUUGGAUCCUGACUCAGACCCCCUCUGCAUGCUGCUGCUCAUAGAUUUCUUAACACUGCGCUCCAGAGAGCACCACUCUCUCCUCCACUUGUACCAGGACUGGGAGGAACACAGAAACCUGUCCCAGCUGCCAAACUUUGCAUUCUCUGUGGCGCUGAGCCAUUUCCAUCUCAGCCAGCUAGAAGACAUGGAUCCUGAGGAGAAGGACAGACACGGACACAAGGCCGACAUGCUCCUGCAGAACGCCCUCAUCAUGUUCCCCGGAGUAUUGAUGCCCCUACUGGAUCUGUGUACAGUACAACCGGAUGGUGCAGUCUCAUCCCAUGCGUUCUUUGGCCAGAGGAGUCAUAUGGGACAAUCCCCGGCCCUAGCUGAGUUGACCAGUCUGUACGUGGGGAGGACUCAUGUCCUGUGGAAGGAAGGAGGGGUCCUGCUGUGGCUAGAGAAAAAUGUCAGGGAGGUGUUGCAUCGAGUAGAUACCAAGGACCCUCUGGUGGAGGACUCACAAAACAAGAGAAAGCAGAGGUACCAGUGUGCACCACGAAACAUCCACCGUCACGUCCUGCUGUCUGAGAUUAAAGAAGCCAUCUCAACUCUGCCUCUGGACGUGACCGCUCAGCCUUUGAUGGGCUUCGACCCUCUCCCUCCAUUGGAGUCUGUGACAUCUUACACCCGACCUGAAAGACAGAGUGUUGCAGGUUCCAAUGAGAGUACAUUGUCGCUGUUUUUCCGUACUUUGCUGCCAAAUUUCAACUUUCAGGGUGGACAGAGGCAGGAGGAUGAUAUGGAGGUGGCUCGAGCCGGUCGGGAGCUGAACCAGGAAGUGAACCGUCUAAUGGUGGCAAUGAGGGACAUGCUGGCCAACAUCCAGUUUCAAGAGCCGCCGAGAGAAGACAACCCCGACAGGGAUGAAGAGGAAUGGGACUGAGUGGGGGUGGGGUGGUUUGAGUAUGUAAUGUACAGCUAAAGGAAUUGAGUAUACUACAAUGACACGGUAUGGGAUAGCAGGAUUGCGACAUAUCUUUGAAUUGCCAAAAUUCAAAAGGUAAACACACACAAAAAAAAUGCUUACUCUAAGAGUAUGUUAAGUCAAGGGAAAUAAAUAACUUUGCAUUGUGCAGUCAAA